AUGGAUGGCCUACAACCAUGCAAUCACGAAGAAGCAGAUUCUCGGAUUUUUCUGCAUGUCCAUGAUGCAGCCCUACAGCACCAUCAUGUAUUGAUACGAUCAGUAGAUACAGAUGUGUUCAUUCUAGCCGUCGCCCAGAUGCAGAGAAUCCCCGACAAGGAACUUUGGCUUGCAUUUGGAACUGGAAAGCAGUUUCGGUAUCUUCCCAUACAUGAUAUUGUCUGAUCACUUGGUCCGGAGAGAAGCUUUGCUUUACCUGUAUUUCAUGCACUUACAGGCUGUGAUACUGUUUCAUUCUUUGGCGGCAAAAGCAAGAAAAGUGCAUGGGAUACCUGGAAUUCAUUUCCAGAAGUUACACAUUCAUUUUUGGAGAUCGCGACCACACCGGAUAAGCUAUCUAAUAAGUGUACACAAACCAUAGAGCUAUUCGUGGUAUUAUUGUAUGACCGCGGCAGCCAGCUCAGUUCCGUCGAUGAUGCAUGACAGCAGCUGUUCUGCAAACGUUCUCAAAGCCUUGAUCGCAUUCCUCCUACGUCUGCCGCUCUUAGGCAACACAUCCUGCAUGCAGCGUAUCAAGGCGGUCAUGUGUGGAGUCAGGUUCAUAUGGCAUUACCUCAACUACCAAGUCCAUCGGAGUGGGGAUGGAAGAAGGACAAGCUUUGGAGACCUGUGUGGACGACCCUUCCCCAAGCGCAGCAAAGAUGA